ACUACUCGUCCGCUAGUCAGAUGGUCGGCUAUGAAGUCCUGAUGAGUAAUGUCACAGUCACUCUUCACUUAUAUAUUCCCGACUUCAUCUGAGAUGGUCACUUGAGAUGUCCGGCACAUCCAAGUUCUAAAUCUCAACACAAAAUGCGCUUCCCACCACCAGGGAUCACCGUCCGUCCCCCCAUAAUACGCAUCACCAACGGCACCUUCUACCGCCACCAACCCUCCUCCCAUCCUUCUCACAGCCACCCCAACCCACCCCUCUUCAGCAACCUCACCCUCGACCUGCCCUCCCACCCCUCCUCCCCGCACAACUGGGCCAUCCUCGGCCCCUCCCAAUCCGGCAAGACCACGCUUCUCCAGCUCCUCCGCGGCCAAUACCUCUGCUUCCCGCCCACCGCUCGCUCCUUUCCCUAUCUUUCAACGGAAGACGUGCCCUCCCGCUUGCGAGGAAACCCAGCCAAGGCGAUUCAGUAUGUCGGGUUCGACGCCACCUCCACGUCCGGGGGCUUAGGGGCAGCGGCGUCGACGUACAUCUCCGCUAGAUAUGAAAGUCACAGGGAACAGACGGAUUUUUCGGUGAGGGAUUGGUUGUUGGGGAACACGGAACUAAACCCGACUUCGAUGCCGGGGGAGUAUCGCGUUGAUCCGGAGCUCUUUGAGCGGGUGGUGGUUGAUCUCAGGUUGGAUACCUUGCUGGAUCUUCCCGUGUCUUUCCUUUCCAACGGGCAAGGCCGGAGGGCUCGGAUUGCCAGGGCGUUGUUCACGGACCCGGAGGUGUUAUUGCUAGAUGAACCGUUCAUGGGGCUAGAUCCGGCUACGGUAGCGGGCUUGAGCCCCUUACUGGAAAGUCUAGCGGAGAAGAAGAGUCCGAGACUAGUACUGGCCGCGAGACCGCAGGACCCCUUACCGGAGUGGAUCACGCACUUGGUGUAUCUGCGGACAGACAGCCAGGUGGGCGCGAUGGGCGAGAGGGGGACGGUGUUGGAUGGGUUGAGGGCUUACGUGCGCGGGGUGUGGAAGGGCGGGUUAUCUGAAGACGAGACGAUGCCUGUUCAUGCUCUUAUCGACAUCGGCCGUACCUUGACGAAGGAUGGUAUCAAGGGCGAGGGACUAGCCGAGGAACUUACCCACUCCCCGACUAACCAAGCACCCAUCAUCGACUCCCCUGUCCCCUCUCCCGAAAAAGAAGAAGAAAAAGAACCCCUAGUCCAAAUGUCCGGCGUCACCGUCCGCUACGGCACCAAAACCGUUCUCGGCAACUGGCCUUUAGGUCUGCACUGGACCGUCCGCCGCGGUUCCCGCUGGGGCGUCUUCGGUCCCAAUGGCUCCGGAAAAACCACCAUCGUCUCUUUACUCUGCUCCGACCACCCACAGACUUACUCCCUCCCCAUCAAACUCUUCGGGCGGUCCCGGCUGCCCGAGCCUGGCUCCGGCCAGAGGCCUCUAACCUUCUGGGACAUCCAAUCCCGCGUCGGCCAUUCCUCGCCCGAAAUCCAUCAGUAUAUGCCUCGCCGGUUGACGGUCCGGUCUGUUCUCGAGUCCGCAUGGGCCGACACUUUCUCUUCUGUCCCCAAACUCACGCCCGAGGCUACCGAAAAAGUGGACGCUACGCUGUCGUGGUUCGCGCACGAACUUAACCCUUCUUUCGCGAAACGUUCGCAGCAUACACCCGUCGAACUUGCACAGGUGGAGGCCGAUGAAGCAAGCCUAAAAUGGGCAAAAGAUUACCAAUUCGGCGAGAUACCCUUCUCCUCCCAACGCCUUCUCCUCUUUUUGAGAGCUAUCGUCAAAAACCCCGACAUCGUCGUUCUAGACGAGGCUUUCAGCGGGAUGGACGACGCGGUGAGGGAUAAAUGUAUGCUCUUUUUGAUCCACGGCGAGAGCAAGACAUUUGCGUCAUCCACUGUUUCUACCCCUACUCCCUCUCCCUCUCCCAAUGCCAAGGGUAUUUCGGUAGCCCCUCUAGAGGUGGUAGACAGCGAGCAAGCUGUGCAAGGCAAGGUGAAGGUGCAUGGAUUGACGGAUCAGCAAGCGUUGAUUUGUAUCAGCCAUAUCAAGGAGGAGGUUCCCGAUUGCGUGAGGGAGUGGGUGUGUUUGCCCGAGGCGAGUAGUGGGGAGGAGGCGAGGUUUGGGAGGUUGGAUGGCCCGUUGAGGGUUAGUAGUAGGCGGUGGGGGGAGGUUUGGGGGGUUAAUUGA